CAUGGUUUUCAUUUUUCAAUUAGCUUCAUUGAAAAUUAAUGAUCCAGUCAAGUAGAUAAACAUUUUGUUCAAAUCAAAACAAUAGACUUGUUUAUACCUUCUUUUUAACAUGAAAGGAAUUGGUUUAUUUUCGGACCCAUCUACAAAUUUAAACACUGACCGAAUUUUUGUAGACCAAAUGAGAAGGAUAAUAUAGAACAAAAUGGAAUUGUCGUACGAUGUCCAACUUUGCAACGAAGUUUUAAUGUACUUUAUGGACAGGAAAUCUGAUGGUGCAGAUUCAAACAUAAAUGAAGUCUACAAAAACCUAUUUGUAGGAAAUGAGGUUAUUGCACGGGAUGCAGCAAAGCUGAAGGAACUUGGAAUAAAUCUUGUUAUAAAUCUGUCCCCAAACGAAGUGAAAACGAACCCAUUAAUUUAUGAACCUUAUGACAUAAAAUAUUGUCCACUUAGUUCGGAUGAUAACGUGUACACAUGCUUAAUAAAUAUUGUUGAAGAUGGUGCUGACCUGAUAGAGGACACCAUAAAAGAUGGAGGUAAAGUCCUGGUUCACUGUUCAGGCGGAGUCCGAAAAUCGCCCGCAAUGGCAAUUGCCUACCUCAUGCUAAAGGAACAGUUACCUAUCUGGAAUGCCGUAAAGUGUAUCAGAAGAUGUCGUAAAGUGUGUCCUAGCAACGGUCUCAUUAUGCAAUUGUGUAGUCUGAAUAAAGAAAUAUUUGACGAUGUUACGCACAAAUAGAUAGAAAAUGAGAAAAAACAUGGCUGCAUUUACAUUUAAUUUUAGUGAUCAUGCUAGUAUGAUAUUAAGUACAGCUCUUCGCAUUACAAAGUUUACACUUUAGAAGUCCCUGUUCCAAUAACUCAUAUCGUUAGAGUAACACCACUCUUUGGAUUUUUUCUAAAACAUGACUCAUUGUGCUAUUUGUUAAAGCUACCUCAAUUUUACGUGACUCUGGUGUGAUUGAAGUUUGACCAAACAUACUUGUGGUGUUCAAGUAUGUAAAUAAAUAAAUAUAUGAUUCAAAUG